AAAGAGCAGCGGCCUGCACGUGACGGCGGCGGAAGAUGCGGAAUGCCGCCGAACCAAGGAGCGUCUGUCUAACGGGAGCAGCCGGCAGUCCGCGUCCAAGUGUUCCCGCAACGUCCCCAGGAGGCACACGCUAGGCGGGGCCCGGAGUUCCAGGGAAAUCCUGGGGAUGCAAACCUCGGAGAUGGACCGGAAGAGGGAGGCCUUCCUGGAGCAUCUGAAGCAGAAGUACCCACACCAUGCCACGGCCAUCAUGGGCCACCAGGAGAGGCUGCGAGACCAGACAAGAAGCCCCAAGCUGUGUCACAGCCCCCAGCCCCCCAGCUCGGACCCCGUGGAGCACCUGUCAGAGGCGUCUGCAGAGUCCUUGGAAGCCAUGCCGGAGGGCGACGCCCCCAGCCCGUUCUCGCGAGGCAGCCGGACACGCGCCAGCCUCCCCGUGGUGAGGUCGACCAACCAGACCAAGGAGCGGUCGCUGGGGGUUCUCUAUGUGCAGUACGGCGAUGAAACCAAGCAGCUCAGGAUGCCGAACGAAAUCACGAGUACAGACACGAUCCGUGCUCUCUUUGUAAGUGCCUUCCCGCAGCAGCUCACCAUGAAGAUGCUGGAGUCGCCGAGCGUGGCCAUUUACAUCAAAGACGAAAGCAGGAACGUCUACUACGAGUUGAACGACGUAAGGAAUAUCCAGGACAGAUCGCUCCUCAAGGUGUACAACAAGGACCCUGCACACGUGUUUAAUCACACUCCGAAAACCAUGAAUGGCGACGCGAGGAUGCAGAGGGAAAUGAUCUACGCACGAGGAGAAGGCCCCGGCGCCUCACGACCCGGGUCCAUGGCUCAUCCUGCCCACGUGAUCCCGAGCUCCCCGCCGUCCACGCCCGUGCCCCAUUCCAUGCCCCCCUCCCCGUCCAGGAUCCCGUACGGGGGCUCCCGGCCCAUGGUGGUGCCUGGCAACGCCACCAUCCCCAGGGACAGACUCUCCAGCCUGCCCGUCUCCCGAUCCAUCUCCCCCAGCCCCAGCGCCAUCUUGGAGAGACGGGAUGUCAAGCCGGAUGAGGACCUCGGAGGCAAGAACCUGGCCAUGUACAGGAACGAGGGUCUCUACGCGGACCCCUACCUCUACCACGACGGGCGCAUGAGCAUAGCCUCGUCCCAUGGAGGCCACCCCCUCGAUGUCCCCGACCACAUUGUCGCCUACCACCGCACAGCCAUCCGCUCAGCAAGCGCCUACUGCAACCCCUCCUUGCAAGCCGAGAUGCACAUGGAGCAGGCACUGUACCGGCAGAAACCCAGAAAGUACCCCGACAGCCAGCUGCCCACCCUGGGCGCCAAGACGCCGCCCGCCUCCCCGCACCGGGUCGGCGACUUGCGCAUGCUGGACCUGCCGGCUCACGGUGUCCACGGGCUCCCCCACACCCUGCAGCCCGACCGCGCCUCGCCCAGCCGUCAGUCCUUCAAGAAAGAGCCGGGCACCUUGGUGUACCUGGAAAAGCCACGGAACCUUCCGGGCUUUGUGGACCUCGGGCCGCCCCUGGUCGAGAAGCAAGUAUUCACCUACAGCACAGCCACAAUUCCCAAAGACAGAGAGACCAGAGAGAGGAUGCAGGCUAUGGAGAAGCAGAUCGCCAGCCUAACUGGCCUUGUGCAGUCUGCGCUUUUUAAAGGGUCCAUUACAAGUAAUUACAAAGAUGCCACUAGUGAGAAAAUGAUGAGACCGGCAGCCAGCAGGAGCCACACAGAUGGCGCAGGCACGCCCCACGUUGCCGGCGGGAAGACCCUCGGCGCCCUGGAGCCCGCAGAGCCGCCAGGGCCACCCGUGCCCGCCGGCGCCUCGGCCGUGCACCUGAGCCUGCUGGACAUGCGACGUAGCGUGGCCGAGCUCCGGCGCCAGCUGCAGCAGAUGCGACAGCUGCAGCUGCAGAACCAGGAGCUGCUGCGCACAAUGAUAAAAAAGGCAGAGCUGGAGAUCAGCAGCAAAGUCGCCGAGACCAUGCGGCGCCUGGAGGACCCCGUGCAGCGACAGCGCACCCUGGUGGAGCAGGAGAGACAAAAGUACCUCCGCGAAGAGGGGAGGAUUGGCCAGAAGCUGAGCGAGCUGGAGGAAUUCGUGGACGACCUGAAGAAGGAGCCCACAGCCACGGGCCGUGCCGUGACGCUGAAAGACGUGGAGGACGGCGCCUUCCUCCUGCGGCAGGUGGGAGAAGCCGUGGCCGCCCUGAAAGGGGAGUUCCCCACCCUGCAGAACAAGAUGCGUGCGGUCCUGCGCAUCGAGGUGGAGGCCGUGCGCUUCCUGAAGGAGGAGCCGCACAAGCUGGACGGGCUCCUGAAGCGGGUGCGGGGCCUCACGGACGUCCUGACGGUGCUGCGCAGGCACGUGACCGACGGGCUCCUGAAGGGCGCCGAUGCCGCCCAGGCUGCGCACUACAUGGCGGUGGAGAAGGCCACGGCCGCGGAGGUCCUGAGGGGCCCGGAGGAGGCCGGCGGCCCAGCAAAGCCGGACGUGGUGCCCCUGGCCGGGCAGCAGGCGCAGAGCCCGCCCGGGCCGCUCGCGGAGGACGCCAGGACCAGAGCCGCGGCCCCGGAGGAAGCUGAAAAGAAACGGGAAGAGAGAAGGCCAAACCCGGACCACUACAACGGCAAAGAGUUCGAGAAGCUGCUGGAAGAAGCUCAGGCCAACAUCAUGAAGUCCAUUCCAAACCUGGAGAUGCCGCCCACACCGGGCCCGCCACCCCGGGGAGAGGGCACAGUGGACAAGCUGGAGCUCUCAGAAGACUCUCCAAAUUCAGAGCAGGGGGGAAAGUCACCACCCCCUCCUCCCCCGCCCCCUCGACGAAGCUACCUGCCGGGAUCCGGGCUCACCACCACGAGGUCGGGGGACGUGGUCUACACCAGCAGGAAGGAGACCGUCACGGCCAAGGCGAGCAGCGAGGACGCCAGACCGAGCCCACAGACCAGAGCCACCAAGUGUUCCACAGAGGAGCCCGCCUCAGCCUGGACCCCGGCCUCACCAGCAGUCACUGCGUCUCCCAAGGACGAGGAGGAGGAAGAGGAAGGAGACAAAAUAAUGGCAGAGCUGCAGGCCUUCCAGAAGUGUUCCUUUAUGGAUGUAAACUCAAACAGUUGCGCUGAGCAGCCCCGGGCUGACACUAGGCCGGGCACCACAGCCCCAGCCAAGGAGAGAAAGAGCUCGGGGCUUCCCCCUGAAGACGCGUGGAAAUCUGAGCUUGCGAACCAGCACGGCCCCCACACGGCCUCGCGACAGGUCGCGGCAGGGGCUCUGAGCCCUGGGGGCGCCCCCAGCCGGGACACGGGCAAGGAGAAUGGUGUUCCUGAUGCUUCCCCAGCUGCAGGAUCCAAAUCCAACGUGUCGGGGAAGGAGAACUCCAUACCCGGUGACGCCAGAAACUUCCAGAAACGCACGGUGGAGGCCGGUCUCGGCAUCUCCAGCGGGAGCUCAUUAGAAGAUGAGCAAAGCAAACGAGCGGCCGUGUCAGGGCCGCAGCUCCCCACGCCGGGCCCUGAGGCUCAGAACUACGGAAAGACCCAGGAGAGGGAGCAAGAACGAGGGGAGCACACAGGAAGGGCCCAUGUUCCCUCCCUGACCCCAGCGACAGAGCUGACUCAAGCCCCAGGCCCGGAGGCUCCGCCGACAGGGGUGGGCCAAGUUGUCCUCAGACCCAAAGGGGCCAGGAACGCGCCCAUGCCGCCCGCCGAGGACGGGGACCCGACCCCGGGUUCCCCGAGCGAGGGCAACAUCGCCUUCAUGAUCACCAGGACGGCUGUGCAGGCGCUGUCCAGCGGCGAGGUGCGGGACAUCGUGAGCCGCAAGGGGGAGGAGGUGCAGACGGUGACCAUCGACGCCAGGCAGGAGGGGCCGGGGCCCGAGGAGCCCGUCGUGUGCCUGGACAGGAAGCCGGUCAUCAUCAUCUUCGACAAGCCCAUGGACAUCCGCUCUGCCUACAAGAGGCUGUCCACCAUUUUCGAGGAAUGCGACGAGGAGUUGGAGAGAUUGAUGACAGAGGAGAAGAUAGAGGAGGAGGAAGAGGAGGAGGGUGGGGACCCCGGCGUCCAGAGCAGUACCACCCCCGGGUCUGCCUCCACGGUGGCCUCGGGCACUCUGGGGGCAGCACAGCCCGCCGAGAGCCCGCUCCCGCUGCCCUUGCCGCUGGUGCCAGGGAGCAGGGUCCCCAGGAAAGCCGAGCUGAGCGAGUCGGGCCCGGGAGACGCUCUGAGUCCGGAGGGCAGGGGCGACGCAGCCGAUGAGCAGUUCGACAGCCCCAAGAAGAAGUUCAGAUUCAAGUUCCCCAAAAAGCAGCUGGCCGCGCUCACGCAGGCCAUCCGCACCGGCACCAGGACGGGGAAGAAGACGCUGCAGGUGGUGGUGUACGAGGAAGAAGAGGAGGACGGCACGCUGAAGCAGCACAAGGAAGCCCGGCGCUUCGAGAUCCCCAGCUCGCAGCCCGAGGGGCCGCUCGAGGGCCCAGCCCAGAGCUCCCGGACCGAGGAGAUCCGGAAGAACACCUACCGGACCUUGGACAGCCUGGAGCAGACCAUCAAACAGCUGGAAAACACCAUCAGCGAGAUGAGCCCCCGAGCCCUCGCCGACUCCGCCCACGCGGCCCACGGGCCCCCUCCCCACACCCUGCUAGCGCGGGAUGACGUGCCCACUGCCCCAGAGCCCCCCACGCCGGUACCGCCAGCUCCGCGUAAGGGCUCCGGCGGGGCCCCCCAGACCAGAAUGCCAGUGCCCCUGACUUCCAAGAGCAGACCCGGGAGCCUGGACAAAGCCGGCAAGCCGUCCAAGCUGCAGGACCCGCGCCAGUACCGCCAGGCCAAUGGAAGUGCUAAGAAAGCUGGUGGGGACUUUAAGCCUCCCUCUCCCUCCUUGCCUGCCUCUAAGAUCCCUGCGCUGUCCCCCAGCUCUGGGAAAAGCGGUUCUCUCCCCUCUAGCGGUGACGGCGCCAGCCUCCCUAACGCACCCGCUCCUAAGCCAUCGGCCGCUUCUAACCCUCUCAGCCCCUCCGCAGGACGGCCCGGCCCCUCUGCCUCCCUCAUCCCCUCCGCCCCUAACGGCGCCUCCAAGUUCGCGCACGCAGGCAAAGGCCAGCACCUGCCGCUCCCCGCGCAGACUCACAACGGCCGCGCCGCCCCUCCCGCGCCCCCCGCCUCCCCCGCCUCGCCCCCCUCCCUGAGCCACGGUGCCAAGGGCGCCCGGACGCUGCUCGGCCCUGGCCUCGCGGGCUACAAGGCGCAGAACGGAGGUUCCAGCAAGACCGCGCCCGUCGCCACCAAGGAGAGCGCCUAGUCCGGGCGCCGGGCCCGCCGCUCCACCGGUGGCUGUGUCGUGAUUCCGCGUGUCGCCCGUCCGUGCCCAGUGCCCCCGUGAAGUGAGCGUGUGUCUGUCGCCGGGGAGGGUGAGGCGCAGGUGCGUGCGUGCGUGCGUGCGUGCGAGGCCCGAAGACGCGCGCCAGGCGUGUGAAGCAGGACGAAGCCGGCAUCGCGUGUGUUUUGUAUGAAACUGUUUCCUGUCGGAGACGAAGCCAUCAGAGAGGUGCCCGAGUGUGACUGCACGACGUGGGAACCAUCUAUGGAGUUCUGUUUAUUUUGGUGUUAGAGCUUUAUUACAGAUUUCUAUUUUUGUCAGAACUUCAUGGUUCCUUUCCAGAUCUUUUUUGCCAAGACAUUUUGAUACUAGAGCAUCGUACACGCACCUGCCGUGGGCGCCGUGGAGAGGGCGAUGGGGACACUGGCCCAGGCGGCCCUGCGCUCCGCUGGCUGCCCGCUUCCCUCUCGGUUCCCCCCUCCUUCUCCCC